GAAAAGAGAUUUAACCUUUACAAUUAAAAGGUUUAGUUUGGUUUGGUACGUCUUGAACAGUAGGCUUGAUCUCGUGUGUGUGUGUGUUGAGUUGAGAGUUAGACACACCUCCGUGUCCCGCAGGCAGCCACCCAUCUCUCAGUCGCACUCAGAUCACGUCUCCUCCGCCAUCUCACUCCUCAGUUCUUCCACAAUUCUCCAGUAACGAAGCAGCAAUACUUUCAGAUUGCACCUUGCUUUCCCAACGGAUUGAUUCAUUAUUCAUACACUAUACAGAUUACUCCUAAAAAUGUUUCGAACAUGGAGCAAAGCAAUUAUUCCACUCUCCAAAUUCCGACUUCCAUUGCACCAAACCUACGCUAGGGUUGCAGCAGCUGCCCCUGCACCAACCAUUGAAGACAAAGUUCAACCUUUGGUUAACCUAGACAAAUUGUUUUGGUCUAAACCAUGUUCUCUGGUCCUGCCACCUGACUCGCCUCUUCGAGUUGAUGAACCUGAUUAUCAGGGGUUUAAGCGUUUCAUGCUCAAACUUAUGCUGUUUUAUAGUAAGCAGAGCAAGUCCAUUCGGGGGGCUAAUGUUGUUUACAAAAGAAUCGUCUCUCAAGUUGAUAAACCGCUUAUAUAUGAAGUGUUUAACUUGGAGAAAACAUUCAAAACUACAUUCUCUUUGCUUGUACUUCACAUGUGGUUUUACUUGCGCCGCAUUAAGCAAGAGGGAAAUGAUGGUGUUGAAUUUGGCCAGUACCUUUAUGAGAUUUACAAUCACGAUGUGGAGCUUAGAGUGUCCAAAGCUGGGGUUAACCUACUAUUGAUUAAGUGGAUGAAGGAGCUCGAGAAGAUUUUUUAUGGAAAUAUUGUUGCUUAUGAUGCUGCUAUACUUCCAGAAGCUAAACCGGGUGAUUUCGCUACUGUUUUAUGGCGGAAUAUAUUCUCGGACGAUGGUUCUUCAACACCAGACGAAGCUGCAUGGCAAUCAGUGCAGGCAUUGGCCAGAUAUGCUCGACGGGAAGUAAGUUGCAUGACUUUAACAGAUAAAGAAGCACUACUUUCAGGGAAUUUCAUGUUUACCUCUUUGAAGCAUGAGAUCAAAAGCAAAGAGGGGCAUCAAUUAUAAUGUAAUGAUUUCUAAAUUUGUGACCAAGUAAAUGUAAAAUACACACUGUUCUUAUUUUUUUCAACAUUUUUUUUCUUUCAAUAAUAGCAAUAAAAGAUUGUAUUGUUCUCCAUAAGGGUUUAUUAUUUAAUUAGCUUGAUGUUUAGAAACUAGAAAAUUCAUAUUGUUGCUGAUAUAAAUGAGAAAAGAGAAGGGCACAAGUGAUUGAGAAA